UGGUGAGCUCCUGCUGGCGUCAGUUCCUGUUUCUUUGGCUGCGGUUCCAAUGUCGUUGGUUGUUGCUGCGGUUGAGUGACGGAGCUGGCCUCAGGCAGAGGCAGGGAGGGAGGCGGCCUCACCGGGAUCACCAUGAAGGGGCCAGAUAGACAAGCUCAAAUAACUGAAAGCAUGACUGAUCUGACAGCUGUGAAAGACAAUACUUAUGAAGAUGUGCCACCUUAUCUUAAAGAGGAGCCCCCAGAAGAACCCAAGAAGGAUCUUGGCACGCAGGAGCUCGGAAUGAUCUGGAGAGUGACCGGUGGCCUUUACAGUAUCACAAAGGGAGCAGUGGGUGCUACGCUCGGAGGUGUGGCUUGGGUUGGAAGCAAAAGUCUGGAGCUGACCAAAACAGCUGUGACCACUGUGCCAGUGGCUGGUGCCGGAUUGGUGAAGGGAAGCGUGUCAGCAGUGACUGGUGGUGUUAGUGCUGUAGGCUCAGCUGUUGCCAGCAAGGUUCCUUUUACACCCAAAAAAAAGGACAAAUCUGACUGACUAAGUUUUUAGGGUACAUUUUCCUUAAAUAUUCAUCAUGAUUUAAGUAUACCUGGGCAUGCUAGGAUACUUGUAUAUGCUUGGUAUAUCUUUUUUUUUUAAAAGGGGAAAAACAAGUGAGAUGUGUUUCUGGAAAAUUCUGCUCCUCGCCUCGCCCCACCACUUGCAGUUCUCAUGCCAUAUCUCUUCGUCGUGUGUGCUGUUGAAAGACAAACUGAGCAGUUGUUCCCAUACUACACUGUCCAUUAACAAGUACAGCUUUUUGCUUCUGGGCCUCUGCUGGUAUAAGUACUGGCAGCAUAAAGACGGUCAGUCAUAAGAUUCAUAAAGAACAUAUUCCCAGUGGUGAUUCUUGCAACUAAAAUAUACAGAAGUGUUUUUUUUUUUGGAGGGGGGGGAUAUAACAUGUUCUUGCCAUCAAAAGGAAAUGGUCCACCCCCCCCCAACCACCAUGUAAAUAUUUAUUGGUUCCUGCGGUAUUUUGUAUGCCUGUUUUGUUCCUGUUAAUUGGGGCUAAUUUUCAGAUUUUGCUUUUUAUCUGUUGGAAUAGGACACUAUAGGGUGAAUGUUGCUUCAAAUGUGUCGGUGGCAGAAAAUUUUGAAUGUCGUGUUGGGAACAGUCAGCAUCCAGUCUUCAAAAGUAUUUCCUACAAUGCAGCAAGUCAGCUUUUUGCUUGGUUGUGCUAUUCUUUCAUGUGCCUAACUAGCUCAGUACUGGGAGCAACAUGCAACACUAAUGCUUUAGCGUAGGUUGCAUGUUGCCAUAUGUAGCCUUACUCCUCACUAUAGUUUUGACUGUUACUUGCUUUAAAUGACUGGCUCAGUUGGUUAUUACAGUAAAAUGUUGAUGACCAUGAUCCCCAUUUGCUAUUUGUGCUGUUUCCUUUUGUUAUGCUUCGCAUUUGCCUUUCCAUCACCUUUCUGUGCUCCUGAUAUUUCUGUAUUGUGUUUAUGUAUUAAGACUGAAACAGAAAAUUAAUUGAUUGCUGUUGACCAAAACGCGAAACAUUUAGUUUUUGUCUAUAAUAGAACUAUUUUUGCAAAUAUGACACCUAAAAGCAAUGAAUUAGACUGUAAGUCUGUAUUUUAAUGGAAAUAAAGUUUGAAAAUCUCAAA